ACCCACUCGACCUUACAACGCGCAUUGCACUUCGCCCCCGCUGGUGCAGCGCUUCGCAGUGGCACUCAGUGUUUCUGCGAAUCCGAUUUGCUUUCCAGAUCAUCUCACGUUGCAUCGCAAUCCGUCGCCAUGGAGUCUAUAUACAUCUCGCAGAAGCUGGUCACGUUUGGCACCAAGAAGGUGUAUCUUCCCAGAUUCAUAGUCGCGCUGGUGCGGACACCUAGAUUGUCGCCAUACCAUGCGCGCUUCGUGGUGCCGCUCCACUUUUCAAAAUACGACAUCCGCGAUUACCUCUACCAUGCGUACAACGUCAAGGUGUACAACGUCCGGGCACAUGUAAAGCAAAUGCCGGUGCGGGAUACGCGCGAACAGCCACGGCGUUGGUUCCGCCCUGAAUCGAUCAAAUACAUGACGGUGGAGAUGGAGCAGCCGUUUGUGUGGCCCGAGGUGCCGGACCUGGAGCCAUGGGGUGACGAACAGAGAAAAGCUGAGCUUGCUGACGCGGAAAAGAUGGCUAUUGAAAGGGAGAAGCGGCAGAAUCGGGUGACGCGGGGUACGGCGAGGGAACUGCGAGAGCAGGUGAAGAAGUUACUGUACAAAGAUGUAGCGCGGCCAGGGCAGGCGGCUGAAAGGCAGCAACUGCUUGAUGAGACAAUCACAGAAGAACUAGAGGCAGAGCAGGCAGAGAGAGAAGCGAGGAUGCUGCAGCGCAUGUCAAGACUGCAGCUGUGGGAGAGGGAGAGGACAGGCAAGGUGGUGGAAAGCGACAAGCGCAAGCACUAUGCGAUCAAGGCAUGAUUGAAUUGAGCGCUAUGUAUAUAUGCUUGUACCAUAGGUUUUGGGGAAUGGGGUAUGAAUACUGUAACACGAAAGAUGGCUAUGUAGCUGGAUUACGCUGUGCAGCAUGUGCGGUGCGUAUUGCCAAGGUACACAGG